GCAGCCCCUCCCACCUUAUGGCAGCACGGCAAGGCGGUACGUCAUUAGAUGCGCGACCAGGUAGUCGUGACGUCAUUGCUGUGCGACGCGGAUUACUGUAGUUUGUUUGGUUCUGGCAGAGGAAGGUUAAGGUCCUGUAAGCACAUGGUGUACAAGAACUGCAUUAAGCUUGAUUCACCAUGAACCGCUUGCAGCAAGAAUACGACGCCUACGCCAUUGAAGAACCUAGUGAUGAAGAACGCGGUAGUAGCAGUAGUUCUGAAGAUGAAUUAGACGUUCUUUUACAUGGAACCCCUGAGCAGAAACGCAAGUUGAUUCGCGAAUGUCUUACGGGAGAAAGUGAGUCUUCUAGUGAAGAUGAAUUUGAGAAGGAGAUGGAGAAGGAGUUAAGUUCUACCAUGAAAUCAAUGGAGGGGAAAUGGCAAAACAAAGAUGCCGCUACGAGCGCUGCCGCAGCGUCGGCAGGCGGGGACCAGCAGCAGUUCUAUGAUGAGGUGUACUUUGACUCUGACUCUGAGGAGGAAGUGGAUCAAAAUGGGAAAAAGCAAAAUCGCAAACAAAAGCAUAAAGUUCUGAGCAAUGAUGACUUGCUGUAUGACCCACAUGAGGAUGACCGCGAUCAGGAAUGGGUGGAUGCCAAGAGAAGAAGUUACAGAAAUAUCAGAAAACAGAGAAAAUCUCUCACCCAUCCGAACAAACGGAACACUCUACCCAGCAGUGAUGCCAUUUUAAACUGCCCGGCCUGCAUGACUACUCUUUGCUUGGAUUGUCAAAGACACGAAUCCUAUAGGACCCAGUACAGAGCCAUGUUUGUCAUGAAUUGCACGGUCAACAAGGAGGAGGUAUUAAAACUUCCUGAACAGCCCAUAAAGAACAGACGGCGGGAGAGGAAAAAAAUGAAGGCUCCCUCGGCAGAUUCAGCAAUGGAGACACAAAGUCCAGACGUGGAGACGUUCCACCCUGUGAAGUGCAAUGAGUGCUCCACAGAGGUGGCUGUGUAUGACAAGGAGGAGGUGUACCAUUUCUUUAAUGUUCUAGCCAGUCACAGCUAGGACACACACAUUGACUCUGCCCGUUAUGCUGCACAUCCCCUACAGUUUUUUUUAUUUCUUUUUUGUUUAGUUUUUUUAAUUGGUGUACAUUUUUAGCAUUGGAGUAUCUAUCCAUACCAGAUAUCAUCAUAUCAUCAAUAUUACUUGGAUUUUUAUCACAGGACUUAAUUCAUUAGAGACUUAAGAUAUAGAAAAUGAAAUGUAUAUUUUUUGUAAAUCGUUGCAGAGACUUAAGGCUGUAUAGUCUUGUACACACUGAUAUCAUAAAGUAUACCUGGCCCAUUUAAAACUGGUUCCUGUAUUACGAAAUGUAAGUAAUGUGUACUAUACUUUCCGUCACAAUUAUAUAUUAGUCUGGACUCCACUUGUUGGUUGUUCUUUCUAUUCAGACGUCUUCAUAUCUAUUCAUAUAAAACCAGGAAGGGUUUGGCUCCUCGGAUAUCUCGUGGGGCUCCAGUCUGCUUUCUCCGGUUUCCUCUCUCAGGCUAUAAACUUAGCAUGUUCCCAUGUUAUUACCACCUUCCCUCCUUUCAUGCACCCAAUAAAAGGGUUUUCUGGGAUUUUUUUAAACCGAUGACCUAUCCUCUGGAUCGGUCAUCAGUAUCUGAUCGGUGGGGGCCGGGGCCCCUAACGAUUAGCCUGUUUGAGAAGGCACUAGUGCUCACAGUAGUUCUGUGGCCUUCUCGCAGUUUUGCCUAGGCCAAGUGAUGACCCGUUCAUCGGCCACAUGGCCUAGGUGGAGCUCAGCCCCACUGAAGUGAAUGGGGCUGAGCUCCGAUGUACAGUGUUGUGUUUGGUCAGCUGAGAGAAGGUGGCAGCGCUGGUGCCUUC